AUGCUUUCGAAAUGUCGCCGAUUUAGCAGCAUUUUAAGGUUUUGAAGUAGAAAUGAUAUUUCCGUUCAUCGUCUUUUUGCAGGUCGUUUCAUAGUUUUCCGAACUAUAUUUCCGAUUUGCAUAGCCGGGGUCUUCUAGAAAAUUCUUAUCCAACGGAUAUUAGAAAUCAGUUCACGGAGGAGUUGAAGUGAGACAAGUUCAUGAGCAGGGUUCCAAAGCCUUCGGUAAAGAAAAGUUUUUUGAAAAAAUUUUUUUUUUCGAGUACAAAAAAUCGUUCUAUGCUAAUUUCAGCUAUUGCAAAUUCAUUUUUAAUUAUUUUUUAUCGUUUUAAGUAGUCACUUUCCGACAAAAAACACAUUCAAAAAGAUAUGAAGGACUCUUUGGACUUUGCCUGCUUGAAGUUUUCUCAAAAAGUAACCUUAGAAUCGUUCAGAUCCUUGCCGCCUUUUGCCUAUGCCGGGUUCGAUCCAACCGCAGAAAGUCUUCAUAUUGGGAAUUUGAUUAUUCUGGUUAACUUAUUACGUUGUUCUGAGCAUCGAAUCCAGCCAAUUGUCCUCAUUGGAGGUGCAACUUCGAAAAUCGGUGAUCCCAGUGGAAAAGAUGAAGGUAAUUUGACGGAAGUGAUUCGUUUUAUAUUUUUAGGCUAAUUGAGAAAGAGUUCUCAUCGAUGCGGACUAUGUGGUGAACAAUUCGAGGAAAAUAACGGAGAAAUGCGAGACGAUUUGCGGAAGGAGUCCUGGGAAGCUCAAGCCGAUCAUUGUGAAUAACGAUGAGUGGAUCGGCAAAGUUCGAUUUUCCGCGUACUAGUAUUGGAAAAUUUUAGAAGAUCAUUAUAAAAUUAAAAAAAAAGAGAAUUCAGUUCUUAUUAUUCUAGAAAAGUUUUUCCUAAUUUCUUAGAGUUUUCGGCUUACAGCGAGUUUUCGAAGUGAGACAAAACCUAGUAAACUCAGAUUUUAUUUGAAUUUUGUCCGUCUUUAAGGUGAACAUUUUUUUCAGUUGACAAUGAAAGAAUAUCGAAAGCACUGCGAAUCCAAUUCCUUCGGUAAAAUGUUACGAAUGCGGGCUAUCAAAUCUCGCCUGAAUGAUGAUAUUUCGUUCACGGAGUUCAGUUAUCAAAACUUGCAAGCUUACGAUUGGUUUUACCUGUCACAGAAAUAUGGCUGCAGGUUUCAGGUGAGAUUAUUCUUCGAUGUUAAUCAUGAGGUUUUUUUUCAGAUUGGCGGCUCCGAUCAGUUGGGACAUUUGGAUUUCGGGGCGCAUUAUAUCAAAAAGCGUUCCAAUGAAUUUGCUGCAGGUUUUUAUUUUCUGAGAAUUGCUGGCUUGGAAAGGAAAAUAUUGGAGAAUAGUCUUUUAGCUCAAUUUGAACUUAUAACCGUUUAUUUAUUUGUUGAAAGUGCUUUUGUUUCUUUUUCUUAUACUUUUUUUAUGUUCCUUCAUAUGAACUUGAAAACAUCACGAAAAAAUAAAACUAGCUAAAAACUUGAAUUGAAAAUGAGCGUGGAAGAAUUCCAAACAAGUAUCUGGACAAAGAUUCGUUCAAUUUUUUUUUAAACUAACGUUUUUUUUUAAACUACAGGGUGGCCAAUAAAUAUUGAAACGCGUUUGAAACGUUAUAAUUUUCUCAAAAGUCAAUCAAACACCACCAAACUUGGAACAAAUUUUAUUCAUACAAUAUAGAAACAAAAUUCAAGAAUAGUUUUCAAAACGUCCUCCUUUAGCUUUGAUAUCGGCCUUCAGUCUCUUUGGAUACGCAUCGAUCACGGCACGAAGGUAGUCGUCGUCGAUUUCGUCCCAUUUCUUGAUGAGCGCGGUCUUCAGGGCUUUGAUACUUGGGUAGUUCUUAGAAGAGACCUUCUCGGUCAGAUAUAUCUACACGGCAAAGUCCAUCGGGUUGAGGUCGGGCGAGGAAGCAGGCCAAUCAGAAGCCGAGAUGAACUCGGAAAAUUGGCGCGAUACCACUGUUGAGUCCCUUUGGCGCGGGGGCGGGGGCGCCGUCCUGCUGGAAGGUCCAUGAUCGGUUUUUGUUGUGAGAAUUGGCUCAGGGCAACACCCUCAACUUCAAAAUCUACUCCCUGUAGUAUACUUGGUUCACUUUGACUCCAGGAUCCACAAAAAUCAGCGGAGUUUUGCCGUCAGCGGUAAUUCCGGCAAAAACCAUCACGGAAGCCGGAGACGAAGUUUUAUUCAGAAUUUUUUCUUUUUCACAGGCACUCUGAUAGUUAGUAGCGAGGAUCGGAUGGUUUCGGCCGUUCUUGUUCGCCUCCACAGUGAAGAUUUUCUCGUCGGUAAAUAGCGUCGUCAGAUGCGAGCCAUCUUUCGUGCCAGCGAGCAGCUUUCAAGCCUUUUUCAUCCACAAUGUCUUGUUUUUUUGACUGAGGAAGGCUCCUUUCUGCAUACGGUAGGGAAUCAUCUUCAGCUUGUCCUUGACAAUAGUACUUAUCGAUCCUUGACUAAUUUCGUAUUCUUUUGACAUCUUUCUCAUGCUUCUUUCCGGAGUGAGUCUGAUUUACUCUCGAACGGCUUUGACGGCUUCUGGAGUCGUGACGGUGAAUGGACAUCCCCUCUUUGCAUGUCAUCUGAAGUAUCGAGACGCCGAUAGCGUUGUGCAGUUCGAAAAACGAGAACACGAGACACUUUCAGCUUUUUAACGAUCUCUGAGUUUGUCAUUCCGCUUUUGACACAAUCAAUGAUUGCGGUACGGUAGGGAGAUGGGGCCACCAUUACCUGAAUACUGAAAAGUAUGAGCUGUAACUUCACACACAUGAUAAGUGAGCAUGAAUGAACAAAAUAAACAAAAAAAAUCCGUGGCAGUCCUUUGUGCAAAAAGCAGCGAUCAAACAAAAAACGGUUUCAAUAUUUAUUGGCCACCCUGUAACCCUACUAAAUUUUCAAAAAUUUCGAGGAAAAAUCAAGUAACAAGUUGUGCACAGUCUGGAAAUCACGUGAAACGGUUUUUUCUUCCUAAGUCAGCAACAAAAAAACUGGAAUUUCAAAAAUGGUUCAAAUACCCGCUCUUUUCUAGGUGUCUGUUUACCUCUGCUAACGGAUUCGAAUGGUAAAAAGUUGGGAAAGUCCGAAGGCGGCGGAGCUCUCUGGCUGGAUUCUAAAAUGACAGAACCUUCCCGUUUCCAUCAGUUCUUUUCGGAACUUUCAAAUGAAGAUGCACGGAAACUAUUGCUCAAAUUGAGGUUUUUAAGAAGUUUUGAAGGUUAACCAAUUUUUUUCUCAGCUUACGCCCCUUGGAUGAUUUACGGAAGACCUUGGAAGAAAAUGAACAAGAGAAAGGCGUACAGAAAUUAUUGGCCGAUGAGUUGACGAGUCUUGUCCAUGGAUCCGAUUGGGAAAUUGUGAAAUCUGUACAAAAUAUUGCUAGUUCAAAGGUACAGAGUAUUGAAAUUUUAAAUCAAAGUUUACUCUGAAAUUUUUUAGAAGAACCCAGUCAGAAGUGAAAAAUCCACAUCGAAAUCAUCUACUGAUAGGUAUGAAUCGAACAAAAAAUUUGAAAAACUACCUAAAUCUUCAGGAAAACUGUCCCAUUCGCUCGCUACCUUGACGAUUUACAAAGAAGAGGAUUGAUUGAUCAUUCUCCUAAUGAAAGGUUUGUUAAUUUUCAAAAAAAAUCAUAAUUUUUAUUUUUUCAGCGAAUUUCCUCCAUUUGUCUACGCGGGAUUCCCUUCAUCUUCCAAUAGUUUAAGCGUUUCCGAUCUCUCGCUUAUUGUCAAUAUAUUACGUUGUUUGAAAUUUGGACUCCGGCCAAUUUUUCUAGUCGAAGAUGGAACCUAUGCAGAAGGUUUGAACGUAUAAUUUUGCUCAAAAUCUAUUUUUAAAAAAAUUUCAGGUUCCAAUACGAGUUCUGACAAUAUUCUGCGACAGUUAAAAUCGAUUUGUGACCGGUUUUUAUCUUCUGAACAAUCUGUUGAGCCUCCUAUUAUUCUCAACAAUGAUAGUUGGUAUUCUGAGGUUAGUAAGAAGGGAUUGGAAGACGUUGGUCGCAUGGGUACCGGCUCAAGGCGGUGCGCUCGACCAAAAGCGGGUUUUGUUACGACUAAUUUUAUGGUGGCGCUUGCGGGAUAAUUCAGAAUAGCUAAAGAGAUCCCUAAAGUGGCGCGAAUUUCACUUGAGCUAUCAGUAAAUUACUCAGAAACGCCGGAAAAUCUUGAAGGACACAUGAAGCUUUUACCUGUACAAGAGAAGAUUCAAAUCCGAUCGCAACAUCAGAAGCUUUUUUAAAACGGCUAUAGCGAUUCUCUCUUUGAAGCAACUUCAGGGCGCUGACGUGUAUUUUUCGCUUUUCGAUACACUUUCCUCUCUUUUUUUUCCCAUGAAAUACGCUUCUGAAGUAAAAAUUUAAACCGCAUCGCUCUGAGCCAUUCUAAAUGCGACCAAAAGUCAUUGCUGAUGAAUUUUUCCUCAAUUGUAGCUUUUUAGAUGUCCACCGUUGAUUACCUGCGAAAUUGCAAGCAAAUGAAGCUGAAAAACAUUUUAGAGAUGUAUUCUGAAGUCGACAGUGUUUCAUAUGGAAAAUGCAGUGACGACACCGUGAAUGCGUAUGAUUGGUUCAUGGUCGCCAAGGAGUUUGGAUGCGGUUUUCAGGUGCUUCAGUUCUUAUAAUGAUCAAAAAAAAUCUUAAUGCGGAAGCUUUUGCUUUGAAAGUUGAACAUUAAGCUCUGAAAUUCAGUAUUUUUCGCAGUGAAACUUUUUUUUCAAAUUUUGGACAAUUUUUACCUGAAAGUUCAAGUUGAAUUUCUGGUAGUUGAACUUUUUCUUCAAAUAAAGCUUUUUUGAAGUUUUAUAACAGUAUGACUUCUUCAGAGAAUAUAUUUUUUUAUUAAUUUUUCUGAUGCAUCAUUUUUUUCAAAAAGCUCACAAAACCAUUUUUUUCAGAUAGUUACUGCCGAAAAAUGCUUCUCGCUUGACUUUUUGGUUCAAAAUUCCUGAAACGACGCUUGAAUAUAAAUUCUUCAGGUCUUUUAAAUUUAUUUUUUUGUUAUCAAAAUUGUUUUUUUCAGGAAUCGUCUUGCCUCCAUUCAAAGAUGGAAAUUCCAUUUGGCUCAACGCCAAGUUGACCUCUCCUUAUCAUUUUUAUCAAUAUUUCGCUCAACUCCCUGAUUCUGAGGCUGAAAAUCUAGUUUUGAAGUUGAGGUGCAUAAUAUUUGCGUUAAAAACUCAAUUCUUUUUUUUUCAGCCUUCAAGACACGGAAAAAAUUGAGACAGUUCUAAAGGAACACCGAGAAAACCUUGGAAAGUGGAUAAUUCAGAGCUUUUUGGCCAAAGAAAUGACGAAAUUUGUUCAUGGCCAAGAAGGACUGGAAAUGGCUUUACGCUGUACAAAAGCAUUAUUUUGUAAGUUCAUUUUCGAUCGGAUUAUUUUUAAAAUUUUGGUUUUCAGCUGCUAAAAGGCCUGACUUGUCUCAUCUGUCUCGAGAUGAAAUACUGCAGGUUUUCGGAGAUUGUACGGAAAUUCGGAGAAACGAGGUACACAUUUUUGAGAAAGAACCGUUUUCUGUUCGAUCGAGUUCCAAGUGAUUCCCUAAAAAGUUCCAAGUAAAUUCGAAAUUGAACCUCUAAACUUUCAAAAAGUUUUUUUCACUUUCUAAUGGCAAUUUUCUUGCUUUGCGGGAUCACUGGGGACUCGACAUUUUGGCCACUUUUUCUAAUACAUUUUGGUGAAUUUGUGGAGUAUUUUGAUCAGUAGUACACCAAAAUCUAAACAUUUUUCAUAAUUGCAAUCUUUAUCUAAAGCUUUUGGUCUAGGUUAUUAUUGACAAAUAAUUUUAAACGCUUUAUUUAUUAAUAAAAGGUACUCAUGGAGGUCAAUAGUUCUAAAAUAUCUUUGAAGAGGAAAAAAUAAAACAGAUAAAUUUAUAUUAUUGAAGAUCGGUACGAUGGGCCAAUUGGCGGACAGGACACGGAAAGAUAAAGUUCGAGGCAGCGUUUUGAUGAAGAGAGGCGCUUUCAGCGUGAAUAGCGUUAAGGUUGGUUUUUCAGUGAUGAAGUAUCGAAAAUGUCGGACUUUUCCAUUUUUUGAAAUUUUAUGCUUCUCGUCAUGAGAGAGAAUUGGUAAAAAUCGGAUUUUAAACUUCUUUACUUUUCAUACGUUUUCUGAAGCUUGAAAACGAGCUCUAAAGAAUUUCUAAUAUUUUGCACGAUGCUCCUAGGAUAAAUAAAUAGACGACGGCACUGCAAAAAUAAUCAGAAAGAUCGUCAUUUAAAAGCGUUCAAUUUGUCUGGGAAUCUCAAGCUUUAUUGAAAAGUUGAAUUUUUCAGGUCACUGAUCCCGAAGAAACUUUCGACGUUUCCCAGGUGGUCCUGCCCAACGCCGAUGAUUUGACGCUUGUCUGCUGGGGAAAGCGAAAAUAUCAACUUGUUCGAUGGCUUUAAUAGUUCAUUUUUCAAAUAGUUCAUUCACCGCCAACUUGGGACUUUAUUUGAUGACGAUCCCGGCGAAAAAGAAGGCAAGAAAUAUUUCUAGAAGUUUCUACAGUAUUUGUAUCCAAGCUAGCGGAGAGUGCAAUAAAAGUUUAGGAUUUUGUGUAUUAUGUUGUUAUUUCAUUGUUAUUUGCAUAAAUUUUUUCGAAUUUUGGAAUUUUCGUGAGUUUUGCCGGUGUUUCCUUGCGCCUUUGAUACUUUUUUAUUUGAACUUUUCUCGGUUCUUUUUGAUUUUCUCUUGACUAUGUUCUGGAGAGGGUGAGCGAUUUCUUUUCUUCGAGAUUGGUUUUUAAAAAAAUUCAUAAAAUAGAUCAUUUUUUUAAGCACUGAUCAUUCGGAAGAUAAUUAUUUGGAAAAAUUCCGUUAAUUUUUUUACUGUGGGACUAUUUUUCUGAAAAAACUAUGAAAGACGCAGAACUUUCGUUUUUUUGGGCAUUUUUUUCGAGUGUUUCACUAUUUCGUUAUUUUUUUAAAAAAAGUCAUAAUUUGAAAGUGCCGACUUUUUCUGAGCGAAAUCGGUUAAAAACAAAAAAAUUUAUUCAAUUUUUUUAAAAAAAUGUCUACACAACCUUGUAACGUGCUGAGAAAAAAAUAAAUGCUGUUUUAGAAAAUUCGAAAAAAAGUUUAUAACAUUUUUUUCAAAAAUAAAUCAAGAGGAAAAGAAAAAAACGUAGGCGUGAUGCGUACAUUUCUCCCCCUCUCCAGAAAACUUUGCCUUUCACUGUUUCUGUUCUCAUUCCCAGGUCCAAUUGCGGAUCAUUUAUGAGUGGUGGUGUGAAAAAGGCGCACAGCAAACUCCAAUUGCUUGUCCUCUCGACGUAUCGUGAAUUUUUGCACGCGGCCAAAGGCCGAGAUCCCAGCGUUCGUGAGCACAUCCGCGACGGUUUCCGCAAAUCCGCCAACAAAUUCGAGACGUCAAACGUGCUCCAAAUCGAGUGGCACCUCCGUCUAGCCAAGAGACAACUUCAGCAGUUGCAACAGGGUCAAAUCACCAGCGCCACGACGUUCAGGGCCGCUCGCAAGGUAAAAAUCGAAUAUUUGUGUGAGCUUUAUGUGGCUCUUGUACUGUUCUUGUAUCUGCUAAUCUCGUUUUCCAGUUUUUUCUGAGUGGAAGUUGCAUUUUUGUGUUUGAUUUUCGCGCAAGACUGUAUUUUUUUCCGCUAAUUCAAUUUUCUCAUUAUUUCUGACUGAAAUAUCUUUACUUCGUUUAAUUCUUGCGCAGGCCUUCAUGGCGUGUUCAUCGGACAAAACUAAAGUUGUUCGGAAACGCAAGAAAAUUGCUCCAAAAGAAAAGUUAGUAUUGCUUUGGAGCAACUUUGGUGCGCGUGUUCUUGUGUGCACGAGUUUGCUGUUUUGCCGUUUUUUUUCACGCCACCCCAGAAUCUCCUUCAAACUUCUCAUAAAAUCCAUGCAAUUUUUCUAGGAUGGCUGAUACCCGAGAGUUACCCGUUUUCGCUUUCAUUUCCGAAUGGCAGCAGCUCAAGGAGAUCCGCGAGUUUUUGAACAAGAGCGGCAAAGUUAACUUGUCGGCCGAAGGUAGUUUUUGACGGUUUUCGUUAAAAAAAAAGAAGAAAUUUUAUGUUUUUUUAGCUUCUGGUGUCGUAAAAAGAAGUUUCUCUACCUUACUCACAUAGAAAAAAAUAUAUCGUUCUUCAUAUUUUUCCGUUAAGUUUGUUGAAGAACCAUUUCAGAAAAAAAGGAAAAUAAUUUCCUCUUCAUUUAGUACUGAAUAAAUCUUAAUAUUUUUAUCAGAAAGCAAGAAUAAAUUUUUAACGUUUGAGGUCCCGAAGAGAUUGCUGACAACUUGAUUGAAAUAUGCAAGCAGCUGGCGUUCCUUGGCACUUGGCCAGCGUCUGGUGAAGUUUGUAGUUUUUAUUUUAUCAAAAAGGAGGGUUUUGAGGUGGAUAGUGUGUUACGAUCAGAUUCUGCAAUUUUACGAAAAUUGGAAAACAAAUUCAAGUCGAAAAAAAACUAUUCUAGUCGUGAUUUCAUUAACUUUUUUUUUCAGUGUCCAGUUUAUAAUACCCUUGUUGCUCUCAUAAUGAAUUUUUGAAGUUCAUUCUGAUUUUCCUUCAGGUCGAGCUGAUCCUGAACUCGAUUUGUUCUUUGAUUGUCGUGGUCCCCGGCGACCGUUGCAACGCCGUCGUUUCCGAGUUCACCAACUCGGUUUCCCCCAAAAAUUUCAAGGGAAUCGGAUGGGCCAGCAAUGUAAAGCUAUCAUUUUCUAAUAGUAUCUAUACAUUUUCAUAUUCUAGGCCGGUCACGCCGUCAGAGUUUUAUCGAAUCUUUUCCGCGGAUACCCGAAUUAUCCAGAUAUUCAGGUUUUUCAUGUACAUAGCAGUUUUUAGAAGUGUUCUUUAAAAGGUGGUAAAAAAAUUUUGCUGCUGUUUUCCGCCAUUUCCGCUUUUUUCCGACAUACAUUCAAUAGCCUAUAUUGACCAUUUUUGCUGAUUUUUUUCUUCUUUCUCUGUUUCUGGAGCUUUUAGAAUCGUCGCACAAGAUUAAAACAUAGCUCAAGGACGGAAAAAGGGAUCCUUAAUUUAGUUUUUAGCAACCAUUUUUUGAGACGUUUUUGGACACUUAAGGGGCGAGAAAGUGGUAAACGCAUUCACCGUAAUCUAUCAAGAAUCGUGAAGUCCGCUUUCUAGAAGUAUAAAUGAGUUUUCCCCUUUACAGAACCUUGCAUAGUUUUUUACACAUGGUUACAAAUGUUUUUAAAAUUUCUGUAGAAGCAGUUUACCGGUUCUUGAUAGACAAUUUACCUCUUUCUUGCACACGACCUUGUUUUCGAUAAAGUGAACAAAAAAGGAUUUCAUCCAUAAUUUUUCCAGCAAAUGAUCUACAAGUCCCUCGUUGGAAUGUGCGCCGAAUCGCGGCUCAUCGGAGAGCUCGAUUGCAACAUCGAACACCUCAACCAGCAGUUCUCCCAGUGGAACAUGCCGGUGGAAGGACAAAGAGAACUCCUUCGGAUGGUCCACCAUGCCUUGCUCAUUGAUGAACGCGCCGACCAGGCUGCCAAGGUGGAGAAACGGAGAAAUAUGGGGAAAUUUGAGAGAGACUGGUUCGGAACAGAUUAUAUAGGGAAUCCCGUUUCAAAUGCAGAAGAAAAUAAGCUAAAACAGCUUUUUUUGCUCGUUGCUUUAGAAGUUGAAAAAAGACAGCAAAAAACAAAGGACAAAGGUCUGGUAGCGGAGUAGAAUCAAGUUUAGUAUACGGCUUUUUUUUUGGCGGAAUGGGCUAUACUUGAUGUAAAACUGCUAUCUGUACUUCUAAGAAAGAUGUCUGAUGAUCUACUUAAUCAUGGAACAAUUGAAGAGUUUGUCGGUUCUCGAAACCGCCGUUGAUUAAGAACCGCGCGUAGAACAUCUUGCCCUUUUUUUUGAUGUAGUAGACGAGUUUUGAAAAUUUUGACGACCUUUUUUGAAAAGAUUCAUGAAUGUCUCGAGGUUAUGAGGUGGGUAAUUUUGUCCAUAAACGAGUCAUAUAUCCACUAGUUAUCUGGUUUACGUUCAGCGAUUGGCUACUUUUUUUUGAUAAAUAUAAUUUUAUUCGUUAUCCUUUUGGAAAUAUCAACAAACCAGCUCUUUAUCAACCUACUGAUUCCCUCCAGGUGAUGGUCGUCCUCCUGGGAACCUACACCGACGCCGACGCGGCCACCGCCCGCGAAGACGCCACGGAAUGCGUCAGAACCGCCGUCGUCGACCCCAAAUCCUUCUCUUUUGAUCAUCUCCAGAGACUCAGCGCUGUUCAGGCCCUCCAGAAGGUUCUACUCAUCUGGAUUCUUGAUUUAUAACCAUUUUUCAAGUCGGAUUCUCUGAUGUAUUCCGCCCUCGAGCUUUUCAUUUCUGGAACUCUGAAAGACUAUCAGGUUGGUUUCGAAAUGAGGUCAAAAUAAUGGGAGUUUCAUUAGGCUUUCGUCAAGAAAAACCCGAAUUUCGUCAAGGAAUCGCUUCGCGUCGACGAGACCAUCCUUCUGAAAAAAAUCAGAUUAUUGACCCUGAUGUCGGUCGCUGAGACCAAGAAUGUAAUGAUUUUGAUAGUUUGUUUAAUUCAGAAAAAAAGAAAAUAUUUUUUUAUUAACCUUUUUUUCAAAUUUUUUUGCCUAUUUUUUUGCGUUUGGAAGCUAUAAUUUAAUGCUUUGUAGAAACUCGUCAAGUAGCGGAAAAUAUAAAGAGUUCAAAAAAAUUUUUAAAAAUUUACUUCUCUUUUGUAUCGCCAUCUCUAUAAUCCGUUGCAAAGCUCCAAAAAAAUAUUAUUCGUUUCUCUCAUUUUGUCAUACUCAUAGCCUUUUUCUAGGAAAUAAGCCUGGAUGAGUUGGCUGGACAUUUGGAUUUGCCGGCCGAUGAGACGCUCGAGGAGUUUAUCAUUGACGCCAUUCAAGUCAACGCUAUUUCGGUAUUGCAAAAAUGAGAAUUGUUUGCAAGUAUUCUAAUUUUUCAGGGUAAGAUCAACGAAAUGUCGAAAACUUUGCUCGUCAGCUCCUUCCAACAUCGCAUGUUCGGCAGAGAACAGUGGACCUCUUUACAGGUAUCUCUGGGGAGAAUGAGGCCGAAAAUGUGUUGAAAAAAGGCAACCGCAACGCAUUGAGCCAUUCCAAGUGCGGUUAUGCCGUUUUAUUAGAGCUGAUAAGUCUUAAAAAUUUUCAUAAAGCUUGGAAUUAUGGUUUUUCAUGAAAAAGACAUUAGAAAUGCGGCUUUGGCUUUAGAAUUUUCAAUUUUUAAGAUUUAGUUCUUGAGGAAAAUCAUUCUACCGGCUUAGGCAUGUGAAAUUCAAUUCUAGAAGUAAAGAACCUCAGAAAAUCUGUUGAAAUAAAACAUUUCCGUUUUCGGAGUGUGGCCGUCACGUUUUUGAGCCAUUCCAAGUGCUGUUCUAUUUUUAUAUCUAAAAAAAUUAGCAUGGAUGGGUUGAUAACAUUUGAACUUUUAAAAUCGAAGCUUAACGGCAGUGCAUUUUGCCGUUCAAAGAGCGGUCAUGAACUUUGAAUUUCGAUUUUUGAGAGUACAGUGGCUGAAAAAUCAGUAAUAAAAUGUCGGCUUUAAUUAUAAAUUUGAAUUUCUGCAGCCUUUAGCCAUUCCAAGUGCGGUCGUGACUUGGAAACUCUGCAAUUUUUGAAGAACUGUUCUCGAUUUCGUGAACAUAGGCAAAGUUGGAAAGGGUGCAAAAAGAUUCCAUAGAAAUGUCCCUUUCAGGGUGAAAAGGGCUAUUUUUUGCUGCCUUUUUGCGCCUUUCAUCGGCUUUCAUGCACCAUUUUUGCUGUUUCUCUCUUUUAUACCAUUUUUUGAGUCUUUAAAAUCAUAGAAAAAAAAAAUGGAAGGAUCGAUAAAGAAACUCUUUUUGCUGCCUUUUUUGAGCCUCUCUUUUUUAGUGGUCAUUAUCCACCAUUCCGACUUUGUCCAAAGUGAUUUUCGCUAAAAAGUUUUCAUAAAUUUUUUUACUCUCAAACCGCAUGAUGAUUCACUACAAACUCUGCGGAAAAACCCAUCUUCCCUCUUCUUUUUUUUCUCACUAGAUAAGCUCACCGUCAUCACUAUAUUUACUGAUCUCUCUCCAACCACAGUAUUCCCCUCAAAAGUGUACGCAAAUACCGAAUUCUCGAUUGCCUCCUUCUCUCUACAAUCCCUACUACCUUGUUUUCGAAAACAUCAAAAAACAGGGUAGAUUUUGAGAGAUAAUAAGAAAAAUACGGCAAAAUGUCCUUUUUUGGGUUUGUGAACUUCUAUUUAUGUCAAUUUUGGCAAAAAGGAGUUCGUAGCCCGCAUUUAUUAAAGUGAAAAUUUUCCUUUUUUUUCCUUCAAAAAAUCAAAAGACAUGGAAUCCGCUAUAAAUUCAUAACUUUUGACUUUUUCUUGUGAAACGUUUUGUUAAAUGGAUCAGACAGGGGAGGACACGUUUCUGUGUGAAAAGAGUGGAUUUUUCUCUAUUUUCAGAAAAAAAAAUUAUGGAAAUUAACUUCUCAUUUCACUGUAUACGGCCCCUAUUUUGAAGAAAACCUUCAAGAAACUUGAAAAAAUUAUUUUUGAACGAAUUUGAAAAGUUCUAGUGAAAUCAUGUAGUUUUUAAUCAACUUUUUUGAUAACUUCAGUUUAUAUUGUUAUUUUUGAACGUCUAAAUUUUCAGAAGCGCCUGCAAACGUUGAUUUCGAACCUGAAGCAGUCGCACGAGAAUAUUUCCGGCGUUAAUCAACAAAUCGAGUCCUUGGCUUGA